UUGCGGAUAAUUAUGCGAAGCCGUUGGAUCUAGGACACGAACAACAGGCGCAGCGCCCUGCUCCCUCACCAACAGAUGGGCAGCAGCAGCAGCAGCAGCAGCAGCAGCAGCAGCAGCAUCAGCGACACCAACACCAACAGGACCAACCACCUCCGAUCUCGCAAGGCUCCCUCGCUGGAGAGGCCAUGUUCGGUGGCUUAACACCCCCACUACGCCCGUCGUUGGGGUCGCAACCCGGCCUGAUCCGAGAGCCCGUGCCGCUUAUCGUCGGAGGCUCUGACGGCUCUGGCACGAGAGGGGUCGUGGCGUUGCUGCAGCGGCUCAAGGUCCCCAUGGUGGUUGAGGACCGCGGCACGAUGGACGUCCACGGGGCGCCGUACAUGGUUAAGGGUGGCUGGCCGGCCGUGGUGCGCCCUGUGAUCGGUUGGGCGAAAGGGGCGGGGUACGAGUCGCGAGGCGCGCCGGCCCAGCUGCGGAGAAAGACGUUCGACGCCCUGGGGGGUCUGAAGGUCCAGAUGCAAAAGAUGGCCGGGAAGUCGCGACCGACCGGCGGGGAAGCCGCCAAGCACGUCAGCUGGGGGUUCAAGGCCCCGGUGUCGAUGGUCCUCGUGCCGUUCUUCGAGGAAGCGUGGGGGAAGGCCAAGUUCCUGCACGUCGUCCGCGACGGGAGGGACAUCGCCUUCUCGGGCAACCAGACCCCCGUCGAGAAGUUCUACGCGGACAUGUUCCCGGAGGGCACCAGGGAAUCAGGGUUCAAGGAACCUUCCGUGAAGGCGAUGGCCUUGUGGAAUAGCUGGAACGUCGGCGUGCACCACUGGGCCGCGAGCCGGAAGGAGCGGGGGGCGACCGGGCUGGAUUACCUCCUGCUGCAUGCGGAAGACCUCAUCGACCCUGAGGCGAAGUUUGCGGCGAUCAAAGACGUGGCGGAAUUUGUUGGUUCUCCGCUUUCGGACUUCGAUCUGUGCUGCAUCGCCACCGAGGGGUCCAAGGACAUGGGCUCGCACACCAAGUCGCAGAAGGACAGGGGAAAAAUCACCAGCCGCUUCGGCAAAUGGAAGAACAAGGUGGAGGCAAAACCCGAGCUGUCCAAACAGCUGCACGACGAGGGAGAAAGAGGCCUCCGAACCUUUGGGUAUGAGCCAGAGCGCUCCCUGCGUGCGUCGAGCGGCUUUCAGUGUGCGGCAGAGCGGGAUCCGACAUGCCCGAAACCCGCCUCCUCUCCCCAGCCUUCGCGCUCAUCUCGCCCGAAGAACCUGAAAGCUCAAGCCCAGGUUCCAGCGCCCAUUGCACCGGUUCCAGCAGCUGUGGAGGAUACGGCCACCUGUGUGGGCCUGAAGUUGAACAUGGACUUUAAUGGCUUCGACUCGAAGGCCGUACACGCCCAGGAUCACCUGGGUUGCUGCCAGGAAUGCCACCAAGCAGACGGCUGCUCGCACUUCACGUUCGACUACAGUUCGGGCGUCUGCUACCUUAAGGUCGGGCAAGGUGUACAAAAUUUCAAGGUCGGGCUAGUGUCGGGCAUGACACCGGUUCCAUGA